AUGCACAAUGACUAUCGAAAGAAAGUGAUGAAUUGUGAAUUGAAAAACCAACCACCGGCUAAAAAUCUACCAGAUCUUGAAUGGGAUAAUGAUCUUGCUCUCUAUGCCCAACUAUUAGCCAACGAAUGUGCAUUUCGAAGUAUAAAUGGUUUUGUUUCUAAAUAUCAACAUGUUGGGCAAAAUCAAGCCAUGUUUCCGACUAUAAAAGAAGCUGUAAACUCAUGGUUUGAAGAGUAUACGGAUUACGAUUUUGAUACACAAAACUGUACUUCUGUGUGUGGCAAUUAUAUACAGAUGGUUUGGCAAAAUACCACAAAGGUUGGAUGCGGUGUAAAAGACUGCUCACAACAAUUAGGUUACCCAAUAAAAUCCGUCAAUUGUUAUUACAGUGAAGCUGCUAUUUGGCCAGGUCAACGUCCUUAUGAAACAAAAUCACAAAGUGAAUGUCCUAAUAAACCAGCUUCAGUUGGAACAGCACCCGGGACAACUGUCACCGCCACCACGUCAACAUAA